AAGCUGCCGAAAGCACGUUAUGCCUACAUGACGCCGGUGGUUUCCUCGCAACGAGUGCUACCCAGGCACAUACUGUACAUAGUAAACGCGGUGUUGUUGCGUUUGUCCCUGCUGGCUUGCCUUACUACUUCAGCAGGUCACGUGAUGAGAAGGGGAAAACAGGCGAUGAUCAGGCCACAAACACAGCUGAUAUCGCUGCUGACUGUCAUCAUCACCGCCCUGCCUCCCCGGGUGACAGCACCGCGACCCUGGCUGCCUGUCCAUGGGGUCCGGAUUUCAGAUCUCUACUAAUGCCAAAAUAAUUGCAAAUCUUCUGCAUGAAAAUAAAUAAUACAUCUGAGUAAUGUCCAUGCAGCUCCUGUUGGAUACAUAUCUUUAUUUAUGGACUUCUAGAAGGAGUAUCUGGAGAAAAUUUGAUCUACAGCCCAUAUAUUCCUGCUGCAGAUAUUUUCAUAUUUACCCCAGUAGUAGUUUUGUAUCACAUAUUCAGCAACGGAAGCAGUUCUGCAGAAAAGCUGCAGGAAGGCGACUUCUUAAUACUAAACUCCAAGUAGGUAGUUAUUCAGCAAGUUCUAAACUCAGUACUCCUUCUUCAAAGGGAAUAAAACUAGCAAAGACGUCUAUGUCACGAAUUAAGAAUACUAUUGAUUCUGUCUCCAAAGCUGUUUCAAGCACUCAUAGCGAAUUAAUUUCACGCAUUGUACGCUCAAAGCCAGCUCAAGCCAAUGGUGGAAAAGAAGAAAAUGUCCAAAUAAGUGAAGUCAGUGCAACCCAGCCAGACUCUACAGACGUUAAACUUGAGGAAAUCAGCAACAAAACACUUCCAGAUAAGUCUAAGGCAUUAGAUUGUGCAUCAGAACCUACCUCGACCCUCUCACAAGCCAGCUCAGUGGAUUCUCUACAUGACAGCACUGAUUCCAGGACAAGUCUAUUCCAUGCAAGUUAUCUUUCUACUAACUUUGGGGAGACCUACAAUUUCUUGGCCAAUCAUGUAAACUCCUAUUUUGCUAGUAGUACAAGUAUGGAAAGAAAUAAAAUUUCAGAGGAAGGUGAAAGCCAUAGUAUAGAAAUGAGCAGCGAUAAGGAAAAAGAUUUGCCGUCUGCAACAGAAGUUAAUGCGGUUGCUCCCAAAAGUAAUAUUUCAAACUUCCUUUCAAAUCAGUCUAAUAAUGUGCAUGCUUUUGUGGGAAGCUACCUUGGUGGUCUCGUGCCCAAAUUGAGAACUGAGCAGAAGAAUGUGUUACAGGAAAAGGGAAAAGAACUAGACUGUAAUGAAGCUGUGAAGACAAGCGAAGAAGAGAUAAAUAAAGACAAAAGUACAGAUGAAAGAGCCAAGCGGUUGUUUCUUCAGAGGGAAAAGAUUAUUGCUCGGGUAAGCGUGGAUAACAGAACAAGAUCCUUGGUUCAGUCACUGAAAGGAACCACUGAUCGGAGAUUAUGCAUCAAUCGCAUUGAAGAGCUGAGCUGUCACCUUCUAGAGUUUCCAGAGACACGAGGCGUCGCAGUUAAGGAAAAAGCCAUUCCUUAUUUAUUGCGACUACGACAAGCACACGACGAAACCCUUAAAGCUGCUGUAAGAGAAACGUUAGCCUUGAUCGGUUACACUGAUCCUGUUAAGGGCAGAGGGCUUCGAGUACUCACUAUUGAUGGUGGAGGAACUAGAGGAAUAGUAGCUCUACAGACUCUACGUAAAAUAGAAGAACUGACUGGAAAACCAAUUCACCAACUCUUCGAUUACAUUUGUGGUGUCAGUACAGGAGCAAUACUGGCAUUUAUGCUGGGCUUAUUUCACAUCCCACUUGAUGAGUGUGAAGAAAUUUACCGUAAAAUAGGAAGCGAUGUCUUCAAGCAGAAUGUUAUUGUGGGAACAAUGAAAAUGGGCUGGAGCCAUGCCUAUUAUGACAGUGAAAUGUGGGAAAAAAUGCUCAAGGAAAGAAUGGGUUCAGACUUAUUGAUUGAGACGUCAAGAAAUCCUCUGUGUCCUAAAGUUGCUGCUGUGAGCACUAUCGUUAACCGAGGAAUACCUUUAAAAGCAUUUGUCUUCAGAAACUAUAACCACAUUCCAGGUGUUAAAUCUCAUUAUAUGGGAGGAUGUCAGUAUAAUCUAUGGCAGGCAAUUAGAGCUUCCUCUGCAGCACCUGGGUACUUCCAGGAGUAUGUUCUUGGUAAUGACCUGCAUCAAGACGGAGGUUUGCUUAUUAAUAACCCAUGUGCAUUGGCUCUUCAUGAAUGUAAGAGUUUAUGGCCAGAUGUGCCUCUGCAGUGUGUGAUCUCACUUGGUACUGGCCGCUAUGAGGGGGCAGGAAAGAGUACAGCAACACAUACAAGUCUGAAAGACAAAUUGAACAAUGUGAUCAGCAGCGCUACUGAUACAGAAGAGGUUCACAAAAUGCUUGAUGCACUGCUUCCACCAGACACCUACUUUCGUUUCAACCCAGUCAUGAGUGAAGACAUUCCUCUAAAUGAAAACCGCAAGGAAAAGCUCCUCCUGCUACAGUUAGAUGGUCAGCACUAUUUAGAUCGAAAUGAAGAAAAAAUGAAAAAAGCCACUAAAGUGUUGAAACAAGAAAGAACAACAAUCCAGUGUAUUUGUGACUGGGUCAAAUUAAAAUCAGACAUGUGUGAUGGCCUUCCACUCAUUUCCAAGCUGUAAACCUGCAACCACAAUCCAGUCGUAUACCACAAAAGGUUUCUCGCAGACAUAUACCACAUAGUACUGGGGUCUGUAGCAUUGAUCACAUUAAUCUCUGCUGUUUACAUCUUCCUCUCUCAUAGCCAAAUUGUAAAGGGAUCAUGAAGCUAUUGUAAUUUGCUUCUCUUCAAAUGUAUUCUGGAGAAAAAGGUGGACCGAAAUACUUAAUUUAAAGUAGAUUUAAAGUUCAUUAACAUUGUACUGGAUAAAAAGAAUAUGUAUUUUGUAGACCUUUCUUGACUUUUAUUACAUUUUUAUUGAUCCCUUGGAUUUACUCAGUGCAGCUUUAUACAUUAUUUAUUGAAAAACCAUUGUUUAGGGGGUUUUAGAGGGAGGUUGGGAGGUUACUGUAGUUUUUAGCAUUUAUGAAGCACAUUACAUCCUUGUCAGUUCUGUCCGUGUAAAUUCCGUCCUUUCGCCUUGUGUAAAUCAAAUGUUUGAAAUGAUCGACAUUAAAAACUCAGACUUAAGCACAGUUACGUUGUGCUCCAUUAUGCCUUGAAGGUCCAUAUGAAAUGUUUCCCACAAAGUUGUAUCCAAAGAGUAAUAGUAUAUGUUUGGGCAGUGUCCUCUUGCUGUUUUCUGCAAAAUCAUAGCAGUUAACGUUUGUUAUUAUACUGUCUGUGUCACAACUUCUCCAAAUGCAGGAGAGAAAUAAAAUAUCCUCUUACAUCACUAACCAAAUACAUAUUGUGUAACAUGUAAGUAAACCCUCAAAAUAUAAAACUAGACUAUUGUAAUGUGUGAAAACAAUUUAAGUAUUAAUCUUUCUCGGAUGAGUAAUCCAUAGGGGGACGGCUAACAUCUAGACACACUAAUCCUCCUAUGCUAAUUAUUUUGGGUAUUUUCUGAGUAGAUAUAUUUUAUCAUCUGUCCUUUGAAACUAGCAUAUAAUACUGUUUUAAUCUAAUUUUAAUGUAUGAUAAAGCCUCAUAUACUCUUUGCAGCAUCUUAAUAUUGGCUAAACUGCCCUUCUGUGCCAGAACGCUUUGGACUAUGGCCAUCACUGCCAAGAAACAUUAACCUAUAGAUCACAUUCAGGAGUAAUUGAAAGACUGUAAAUAUCAUAAUGCACCGACCUUUGUGUUGGAUCAUUGUGACUUUCCUGCACUGGUUAUUCUGUUUUAUACUUGAACUCUGUACAUUUAUGCACAUGCCAUUGCCUUUCAUUUACUUUACUUUCACAGACUAUUUUACCUAUUAUAACAACAGUAGUUGAAUGGUCUUUGUACUAACACAGUUUGAAUUAUCAUUAGCCUAUCUCUAUUGUGGAUAAUUAAUUGGUAAUUAUUAAGAUAUUCCAGAAAUUCUUAAUAAAAUACUUUUAGACAUGAGUUUAUUGAACUUUCCAGUCAAUGAUAUUCUAUUUAUUCACAACUGAAAUUCAGGUGUUUUAAGCAGUUGUCUAUAAGUUGUUACAUUAUUGAUGGUAACACUGCAUGGAGAAUAUUCAGAUUUGUGUUCACACGGUCACUGUUUGGCCAGGACACAUUUCUAAAUAGUAAAUUAUGGCCAUCUGUCAAAUAAAAUGUAGAUUGAUUCAACAUAA